AUGCGUGCAUCUUCAGCAGAGCGUCCGGACCUCUCCGCCCACGGCAUCGACGCGCCCCAGUCGAAUGCCGGUGCUCUGAGCGAGGCCGCGAGGGCCGACGCCGCGGCGGCGGAGGAGAAAGAGACGGUGUCAUUGAAGGCCUCCGUCCUCGCGCAGAUUCUCCACCGUCUCGACACGUUAGAGGUCGAUCGCGACCUGCUACGCGAGGAGAGUCUUUCCUUGAAGCGGCAGCUUGCAAGUGGGGCGCAGCCACCGUCGAUGCACUGCCCCAUGCACUCUGCUGCCCGCUGCCCCACCGCCACCGCGGAAGCCGACUGGCUUCUGCCUCAGCAAUCGAACGCACCCAAUGGGCGCCACGACAGCCUCACGCGGGUGGCGAGCCCCGGCGGUGGCGGUGGCGGUGCCGCGAAGGGCCUGCCGAGCUGCAGCCACACCAGCACAAGCGACUACGGUAGCAAAUACAAUAGCAGCUGCCAGUUGUGCUUUCCCAGCCAGGAGACGUGGCCGGAGUGGGAGACGGGCAGCGUGUCCGCCGCCACCACUGCAGCGACCGGUGGCAGCGGUGGUGGUGGCGGCGGAGGAAAAAGCGAAGUGGACGAGUUCACGAUGUCGUCCGUCGCGCCACCGGUGUUCAGGUCCAUCGCGGCCGCUGCUGCGCACGGCGCCAGCGUCUCACAGAUCAGCUUGGAGCACCUCCUCGACGUGGCGAAUGCCUCGGCAACGGCGGCGGCAGCGGGAGGAGGAGAAGAAGAAGCUGCCGCGGGCGCCCCGAGCGGCCACGCCGCCGAGGAGGCGGAAGAACAAUCAGCAGGGAGCGACGCGGAAUCACUGGCGACCACCACCACCACCAGCAGCUGCGCGACAGGGUGCACGGCACUCUCCGUGGCCGCCGCCACCGGCAGCAGCAGCAGCAGCGGCGGCGGCAGCAGCAGCAGCAGGCAGAAGCGGAGGACGGGGACAACGACGACGAGGGAGAGGAGGCAGGGCGGCAAAG